UACUUGGACGGUCCAAGUCGCCCAUGCCACCUGCUCCCGGUCGUGCCUUCCUUUGAAGAGUCCCAGUCAGGCAGCAACGCGACACUUGAGAUGCUUGACUUCACCUCACUCAAAACACACGCAACGUCUAUUCCAACCGCGUACACCCCGGAAACCUGGCAUAGCAGUUCAGAUGGCCAUGGACGACGCCUCGAGCUCACCACUUCUGCGAGCAUCUUCAAGGCCACCGCCAAGGAUCACCUACGGCAGGCAGACGAACAGACCCCUUUCUUUGACUGCAACUCAAUUUCGACGAGACACACGCGUCACAACAAUCGACAACGGUGAAGGAUGGCACACAUCCGACCUCGCCGCCACUGCAGUGCCUACGGAAGAUGACGACUCUGGAGGUUCUGACUCUGAGCAGGAGCCUCCAAAUGCGUUCCACACCAAUGGGCGUCAGAAUGCACAUCGAGCCAGUCGACCACGGGCCACAAAUGGAUCAUCAAGGCCUCUGAGGCAGGCAAUCUCAUCAUCUCCUCGGACUCCCGAGCCUGUAUCGCGAAGAAAGAAACGGUCGACCCGAAAAGCCAAACCAGAAUUGAAAUCAGCGAGCGUGAAGAAAACUAAAACCGGAAUCAGGACUGCGGCACCCUCCGUCAGGAGAUUGCCAAUAGACGAGCUGAUUCUAGUGGCAUCAUCACCGAAGACUUCAUCGCAAGAGUCGUUCGAGAGCGGCUACGAUGACCGACAAGAUCCCAUCACUGACCACUCAGGCACACCAUCUGCGCGCGGGAGUCCGGAGAGAACCACGAGAAGACCAUUGAGUACAUUGCGCAAUCGUCUCAAGACGUCGACCAAGAGGAAGACAACGCUGGUGUGCGACCGACCCCAGCCAAGCGCCCCAAACUGGAACGUCGCGAUCGAGAGCAGAGAUCAACGUGGUGGUGAUGGCUUCGAGCGCUCCGAACUCGUCAUUACAAAACGUGCAACCAGAUCUAAGACUCCUGCCAAGCGAACCGCAUCUUUCAUCCAAGGCUUCAGCGCCCUGCAGUUGGGCUCAGGUCCUUUGCCAGAUGUAGUCUUUGAAGCAUCAACCAUGGAGCUUGAUGUCGAAGCUGGCGGGUACGAUACGGGGAACAUCGGUCUUGGUGAUGAUCAGUACGAACCAAACCUUUCACCACCGCCAGAUUCGAAUCAGUCACAAAAGUUGAGAGAUCUUGAGAUGGAGCGUGAAACGGAGCGCCUCAUCAGAGCCCAGCUGGCUUCGAUUUCAGCCCCUGCACGGCCACCAAGUGAGUCGAGCGAGAGUGAGGUAGACAGUGAUGAAGGGUCCGACGUGGAGAACGACGAUGCCGACCCCGGAAAGCGAGACGACGGCAACGGCAGCGCAUCCACAGAUGAGACGUCUGACCAGCACUCGCCCGACGCCUUCACCUGUCCUCCGCCUUAUCAAAGACCUGAACGGACAGACGAGAACCGGCACAGCUAUUCACUUAGCUUCCAACACAAUCGCACGCCGGGGCAGCUUCCGCGAAAGUCUCUCGGAAAACGAAAGUUGGUCGAGGUGAACGAGGCAAUCGUCCAAGUAUCCGAGUCGGCACUUACCCCUGAGAGCUACCUGGCAGUCAAUAUGCGUCCUUCCGAUAAACCCACAACUUUCCAGCGGCCACACAGUCCUUUGAUGCAAUACCCGCAGCGUCUGCGCUCAAUUCUCAAGAACAGCUCACUGGCCACGCCGAGCAAUACACACCAUUCUGGCUUGACGAAAGCCAAUACACGCUGGAACAGCAGACCUGAAGCGUCCGAUGAGAGCCCGUAUUUCACUACUGCUACGGAAGAACUGCGUCGUGGAAGCCGGCCUCGUCGCCGCUCGAGCUACUUUGUCGACCAGAAUGUUCAAAUUCUCGAUUCAGAUCGGAUUGUCCCUGAGACUUCGCCGAGCCGCUUCGAGUAUCGCCCUCGGGGGAGGGCCGACUUGGUGACGGUACGGUAGAGCUGUUAGGUUGCUCUCAGCAUGUUUACAGAUCUGAAACACAUGAAGGUGAAAUGGGCCGUGUGAAGUAGACAAUAGCUAAUGAG